CUUUAUCAAACGAUCUCAUACCAUUAUUCUUCUUCUUCUUUUUUUCUUUUAAUACAUACAUAUUGAUAUAAUAUGGCAUCAAGUUCCAAUCCUUCUUCUGACCCUACUGCUACCGAUCCCAAAUCACAAGCUUUAACCGCCUAUCGAAAACGACUUUUAGAACAUCGUGAACUGGACGCCAAGUUGAAAGAAGCUCGACUUAGUCUCAAAGCUCUGGACGAUGAUUUUGAUAAAACUGAAAGUGAUAUUAGUGCUUUACAAAGUGUAGGACAAGUUAUUGGUGAAAUGUUGAAACAAAUUGAUGAUGAACGAUAUAUUGUGAAGAAUACAAGUGGACCACGUUAUGUAGUUGGAUGUCGUCCCAGUAUUGACAAAGAAAAACUCAAACAAGGUGCACGAGUGGCAUUGGAUAUGACAACAUUGACAAUCAUGCGCGUUUUACCUCGUGAAGUAGAUCCUUUGGUAUAUAAUAUGUCUGUUGAAGAUCCUGGAGAUAUUAGCUUUGCUGGUAUUGGUGGUCUUGGUGAACAAAUUCGUGAACUUCGAGAGGUGAUCGAAUUACCUUUAAUGAAUCCUGAAUUAUUCUUACGUGUUGGUGUCAAACCUCCUAAAGGUGUAUUGUUAUAUGGUCCUCCUGGUACUGGUAAAACUUUACUGGCAAAGGCUGUAGCAAGUACUCUUCAAGUCAAUUUCCUUAAAGUUGUAUCAAGUGCUAUUGUGGAUAAAUAUAUCGGUGAAAGCGCAAGAUUGAUUCGAGAAAUGUUUGGAUAUGCAAAGGAACACGAACCCUGUAUUAUAUUCAUGGAUGAAAUUGAUGCUAUUGGUGGUCGUCGAUUUUCAGAAGGUACUUCAGCCGAUCGUGAAAUUCAACGUACAUUGAUGGAAUUAUUGAAUCAAAUGGAUGGGUUCGAUUAUUUGGGUCAAACAAAGUUGAUUAUGGCUACUAACCGUCCUGAUACCUUGGAUCCUGCUUUAUUACGACCUGGUCGAUUGGAUAGAAAGAUUGAAAUUCCCUUACCCAAUGAACAAGGAAGAUUAGAAAUUCUAAAGAUUCACGCUGGCACUAUCACAAAACAUGGUGAUAUAGAUUAUGAAGCUAUUGUGAAAUUAUCGGAUGGAUUCAAUGGUGCUGAUUUAAGAAACGUGUGUACUGAAGCUGGUAUGUUUGCUAUCCGUGAAGAACGUGAUUACUGUGUACAAGAAGAUUUUAUGAAGGCUGUCCGCAAGGUGCAAGAUAUGAAGAAAUUAGAAACAAAAUUGGAUUAUGAAAAGAUCUAGAUAGUUGUUUCCUAGCUUAGUUUUACUCUUUUCCGUUUAUAACCUUUUUGCACAUAACAUGCACACACGCACACACACACAAAAAACAAGCAAUCACAUAUUCUAUAUAAACAUUUUAUUAUCUAUUACGAUGACUUUUCAAAUUAUUUGAUAUCAAAUACUAUCUCGGUGAAUUUUAUCAAUUUGUCUUAUGUGUUUAGGAUGAAUUUUUGAAAUGAAAUUGAAUAUAGUUUUAUUUUAAUAUAUAAUAAUACUAUGGAAC